AUCGAAAGUUACUUUUAAAAUUACACUUACAUCGGAUCCUAAAUUACCGUAUAAAGUAUUGAGUGUUCCAGAAGCAACACCUUUUACUGCAGUUUUAAAGUUUGCAGCUGAAGAAUUUAAAGUACCCCCUGCUACUUCAGCUAUUAUCACAGAUGAUGGUGUAGGCAUAAACCCCCAACAAACUGCUGGCAAUGUGUUUCUUAAACAUGGUUCUGAGCUUCGAAUAAUUCCAAGAGACAGAGUAGGGAGUAGGCACUAAAUACCUUUUUGAUUUUAAGAACUAAACUGUUUAAAUAUAAAUAAUGAUUUUGUAAAAAAGAUGAAUUUAAUUAAUUUAAAAUAAAGAAUUUUUAAUAAUUA